AUGUCCCAAUCAUGGCGGACGAUUUUUAAUGUAUUUAGUGAACAAUCGGGACAAAACGAAGGUUGGGAAGCUGUGCCUCAGUUUGUUGAUCCGGGAUUCCCUCUCACACCGCGAGCUUCGCUACCAAAAGAUGCUGGGAAGUACUGUGGCUUUCUGGGUCAACCCCCAAAUUGUUGGACAGCCAAUGGUUCAACAGCUCUUAACUGCCGGAUAAUGGUGACCGAAGAUCUGCUCCAUUCUCUAAUCACCCAUUUUCCGGAAGGUCAUGUCUUCGAUCUUGAGAGCAGCGAUGAAUCUUCCAUCGCGGAAGAUGACACCACACCCUCUGCCUCCGCUUCUGAGCCCAUUCAAUCCAUCACUGAUCGUGUGUCUCAACAACUUCCAGAUUCCAGAUUUGUUCUCUUCUAUCCGCUCUGGGAUUGGAGUAAAUCACGUUGGCUUGCGGGUACAUUGGUUUGGAUUAAUGGCUGCCACCGUCCUCUGGGCACAGAAGAACUCCACUAUUUCAAAGCAUUUGGAGACUCGAUAAUAUCCGAGGUUUCGCGUCUACAUUGGACUGCAAGCGAAAAUUCCAAAUUUGACUUUGUCACAUCGAUCAGUCAUGAACUUCGAUCACCGCUCCAUGGAAUACUUGCAAGUGCAGAGCUGUUGAACGAUUUCUCUCUUCAGUCGGCGCAACAUGACAUCGUCAAAAUGAUCUCUACCUCUGGCAUCACACUGUUGGAAACCAUAGAUCAUUUGUUGGAUUAUUGCAAAAUCAACAACUUAGGGACGGCGCACGACCUCGACAAGAAAAAGAACAAAAGCGGCACAAUGAGUCUGGUUUCUGAAUUCAAUCUUGAUCAUUUGGUCGAGGACGUCGCGAUGAUACUUCACACAGGCCGAAGCCCAUUUGAACAUACCUCACUUUCGAAGAAAGAGUCUCCUCCGGUGUCGGCACAACCCUCUCAGGACAGAACCUCCGAGCUAUCAGUUGUUAUCAAUAUCGAGCAGUCCCGCUCAGGGAAGAUUCGAUCGGUAGCCGGCGCUUGGAGACGAAUCGUCAUGAAUCUCCUUGGGAACUCAUUGAAAUGGACACAAGAUGGCCUGAUCGAGUUAUCAUUGUCCGAGGUGAUUGACCAGACCACAGACUCCGCACUCACACAUCUACGAGUCACCGACACCGGCCGAGGAAUUGCACCAGAGUUUCUUAAGAACUCGGCGUUCACCCCAUUUUCCCAGGAAGAUGCUCUUUCCGAAGGCGUCGGGCUUGGACUUAGCAUCGUACAUAAGCUCGUUGCUUUCCUUGGUGGCCAUAUUAACAUGCGAAGUGAAGUUGGCGUGGGCACUCAAGUUGAUGUAUACAUCCCUUCGCCGCGGUGUGAGAAUUCUGUUCCCACCACUGCAGAUCUGGCCGAAGAUGCCAUCGAGACGGCCUCAAAUGAGUUGACAGCAGGACUCAUUGGCUUCAAUUCUUAUCCCGACUUAGCGGAAACACCUACCGGUAUCAUGAGUCCUGAUGCGAAACGCAAGCUUGCUAUUCAGAAUGCCUUUGCUGGUGUUCUCAUGAGUCAGAUGUCAUGCCGCAUCUCUCUUGCCGAGUCCAUCGAAAAAGGACUGGGUGAUAUUGCAAUUAUCGAAGAGGCAAGGUUCAAAGAUACAUGGGGCGGCACCAAAGUCCCGAGCACUCUCGGCAGUCGGUUCAAGGUCUUUAUAGUUUUGGGCAGCACCAGCUCGGCUUUGGACGAUAGUUCCCUACCCUCCAAUGUUGUCUUCGUACAGCAACCAUUCGGACCCAAGAGGAUAUACCAAGCUGCCGCAAAGGCCAAGGAUCUGCUGGCAUCGCAGCCCGAAGAUGAAUAUUUUGGUGCUACUGACUUGGAUGUCCCACCUGUUGGACCUGAGGAGCUUCCAUCGCAGGUAGAACCUAUCGUCAUCCCAGAAACACCAGUGGAAUUGGUUCCGGAAACACCAAUUGAGGUGGUUUGUCCAAAUCCCCCUGGGAACGUGGAGUCUGAAGCAAAAGAUCAAAUGCAUGUUCUUAUUGUGGAUGACAAUGACAUCAAUGUUCAGAUUCUUGCGACAUUCAUGCGCAAACUUGGUUACAGUUACGACACGGCUUCCAACGGAUUAAUUGCAUUGGAAAAGGUUGAGUCUUCACGUCGAAGAUUCGACUUGAUCUUGAUGGAUCUGUCAAUGCCAGUGAUGGACGGCCUUGUUUCCACAAGCAAAAUACGCCAGCAUGAAAAGGACAACGCCCAAACGCCUUCCUGUAUCAUGGCUGUAACCGGUGUCGCGUCGGAUACUAUGCGACAAGCUGCAAGAACCGCAGGCGUUAACGACUAUCUCGUGAAGCCGCUUUCACUCCGUAAGCUGAAGACGCUUAUCAGUGUCUUAUUCUAA